GAUAAAAAUUAAAAAAUAAACGUCAAUUGCGCGUCAUUUUAUUCUUAAUUUUUUGUGCUACUUUCAUGAAUUUUACUAUUUUUCUCUCUGAAAAGGAACCCAAAACUUUGUUAAAUGUUUCGCAAAAUAGGGAGAGAUGGGCGCUAAAACCGCGGUUAAGCUAAGGAACAGAGGUGUCGCCUACAAGUGCCAAAAUUGCGGCCGCAAACUCAUGACUGCUGACGCUUUGGCGGCGCACCAACGUACAGCACAUAAUAUUAUUUCUAGGCGUCGGGGAAGAUUUGCAGCAGCUCCUAAACCCAUUAUACUAGACAAAGCAUUUACAAGUAAAGAUAUUGUGGCUGAAAUUGCAACACCACCCGUGCCAACCGAAUGUACACAAGCCACAGAUAAUACAAAAAUGAAAAAAAGUACAGUAGAAUUUGAGUGUCCUAAGUGUUUCAAGAGGUUCCCAGCUUACUUUCCCACUCGGAAACACAUACAAAAGCACCACUGCGUAGACAGGCAAAACAUAGCUGUGUCACCAGACCACCCAAGUCUAAUCGAACCCGUGCGCAUAGAGCAAUGUCCAAAAUGCAAGCGCAAAGUCAGGGCAAUUGAAACGCAUGUGUGCGAUGAGUACGAUGGAUCGAAGAGUACAGGGGAUGGGCGAUUGUGUGUGUGUGCGGCGUGUGGGGAAUGGUUCCCGAACCUUACAGCAUUUGACUUUCAUGUCGUCAGCAGCCACAGCGACCACGUUGAGAGCAUGUUCUUCCCUUCCAGCCUGGAAUUUGUAAAAUGGAAGACAGACAUGGAAAAUCAAACCAAUGCAAGCUAUGCUAUGCUAGAGAAGUAUGGUUCCAAGCGAUAUUACCAUUGUAACAACAGAGAUGGGUACAAGCACAGAUCCAUGAAUAAUCAUGUCUGUCCGUCUACCAUUGUUGUACAGGAGUUCCCCAAAGGUAUCCAGGUUCAUUUCUACCACAAGCACUACAACCACAGCGCGACAGACUACAAACUCUCCUCCAAAUAUAAAAAGUACUCAAUCACACCAUUCCUCAAACGCGCGGAGGACUACGACAGUCUGUUGCAUCUCAAACCAGAUGACGACGACUUGUACAUGCAGUUCAAGACGCUGAUGGAGGGGAUAGUUGUGGAUGCGGCUAAGAUUAACAUUGCCACGCUCAAAAUUAUACUAGGUAAAGCAUUAGAAAUCACGUCAAUUUUAUCCAACUACGACGAAGAAGAGUUAGAAGACCCACCAAUGAGUGACCAUCAAAUUAUGACUGACGAACAAAUCACCAAGGCAUUGGAAGAGCCGCUCAUCAAACGGAAAAUGGCACCAACCACUAAUACCACUAGUAAUUUACCAGAUAUCCAAAUCACUAAUACCACUUCAACUACUAGUGAUUUACUAGUUGAAACUAAUAUUAGUAAAUUAGUAGAAGCUAAGCGUAAAAAUACAGACAUUGAAACUAAUAUAAGUGAUAUACAAGAGAAACGUCCAAAAUUGGAAGAUACAUUUGAAGAAGAUGUCCAAGCACCGAAAAUAGUGAAGGCGUUUUCUUUAGCAGAUUCCAUUAAAAGGUGUAAACCUGUUAGAGGUAAAAGUUUAGCUGAAAAAGUUAGUAUCGAAACUAAAACUGAGUUAGACGACGAACCGUCGUCUUUUAAUGAUUCUUACAAAGAUUUCGUUGUUAAAAACUUUCCCUCAAUGGAAUCUAUUGCAUCUAGAACUCGAAGCAAACCGAAUAUCAUAAAAACACGCAUAGGCCAAUUCAAACCUAACGCACCUAAUACUAGAGUUGAUGAAAAAACUAUGUCUAAAACAGUUCCGACUAAAGUUGAUGAAAAAACUAUAUCUAAAACAAUUCCAGCAAAAGUUGAUGAAAAAACUAUAUCUAAAACAGUUCCAACUAAAGUUGAUGAAAAAACUAUAUCUAAAACAACUCCAGCAAAAGUUGAUGAAAAAACUAUAUCUAAAACAAUUCCAGCUAAAGUUGAUGAAAAAACUAUAUCUAAAACAAUUCCAGCUAAAGUUGAUGAAAAAACUAUAUCUAAAACAAUUCCGACUAAAGUUGAUGAAAUAGCUAAACCGGCUUUGGUUACAAUGCUUAAAGAUAAAUCAUUACGGAAUGAAAGUGAUAAAACCGAAUCAACUACUGAACUUUUAGGUAAAACUGUUGAUGAUAAAACUAAAUCUGUAUCGUUUUCAGCUAAAGUUGUUGAAAAUAAGACUAAAGCGUUGCCUAAAGUUGACGUAAAGGUAGGAGCAGACUUGAAAGAGUAUCACAACACUCGAGCUAAAUCCCAAAUAGCUAAAAUUGCCCCCAAAGCGAAAAUGAUAACUAGGGUUAAUUCACGCACCAGUUUUGAUAAACCCAAAGUUGAUAUUGAGUAUGAAGUUAAGGAAAGGGCGGACGAUUGUAAUAUAUUGAUUUUGAAAAUUUGAUAUGGUUUUUGUUUUUUUUUUUUUUAAAUCGUAAUUUUUUUGAGUUUAAAUAUUUGUAGGAUACGUCACUCGUUAAAUAAUAAAUCAUUUAAAUAAUAUAAAUAGGAUCUCGCUAUGUUAACGUAAUUUUGUUCAAUUUUUAGGGUUCCGUACC